AUGCGCCAGGAAGUCACCGAGAACCCCCUUGAAGCCCAAUGUAUUUUCGAUCGGAUGCACACUAUGUGGAAGCUCUUCACUAUUAACAUAAGUGCGAUAGAGGAGCUGGCUAAAAGUGACAAGUGGUUGCUCUACAGUGGCAUCCUGUUCGGCUCAUCUCGACACCAUGAAAUUAUUCCCCGGGAUGAUUACAAUGAUUUUAUUAUGAGCUUUGAGGUUAGAAAGGCACUACAGGAAAAGGUGCAUAGAUCACCUUCAAAGCUUCAUACAUCAAACGUUGACCUCUUGAGACGACGACCGCUGGAAUGGCAGACCUUUGUGGUUCACACUGGUCAGAAUAUAGAGCAGCGUCGAAGGCUUCCAAAUUUGGAGAAUCUUCCUUGGCCGGAACGGGAAUAUUUACCUUCUCCGUUGGGUGCUCCGGGUACACGCCCAUUACCCCUGGGCGCACAAUUCAGUCGACAACAAAUGCGCACUGUUUGGAAUCCGUUCAACACAUUUGUAAAUGUCAUGGAGGACCUCGUUUUCAGUGACAAGUGGAUGCUAUACGGUGGUGCUCGGCUUGGAUCUUUUCAGCACCAUUAUAUUAUUCGUCGACAAGGAGGUCAGACCGGCGUUGUGGAAGAAGAUGCGCACCCUCCUGCCAGAUAA